UAUAAGAGAGAGGCAGCUGUCAGCGGCUCCACAAAGCCUUAUCUCUCCAUCUGCUGCUGCUGCUGCUGCUCUGUCUGGACGCUUAGCAACGCUCUGCAUACAGCGGACCAACAUGUCGCUCACCUCCAUUCUUUCAGCUGAGGCCAUUGAAAACGCUGUCAAGGACUGUCAAGCUCCGGAUUCAUUCUGCUACAAAAAGUUCUUCAAGCUGUGUGGCCUGUCCUCAAAGAUGCCCCAGGAAGUCAAAGAUGUCUUCCAGAUCCUCGACGAGGACAACAGCGGCUUCAUCGAGGAGUCUGAGCUCAAGUUCUUCCUGCAGCGGUUUGUCCCUGGGGCACGGACACUGAGUGAGGCAGAAACCAAGACCUUAAUCUCAGCAGCUGAUGAUGACAGUGACGGCAGAAUUGGAGCAGAGGAGUUCCUGACCAUGGUGCAGUCCUGAGUCUUUCCCAUGAAAACAGCUCAAGCCUUCAGGUCUGCAGCCCUCUCCUCACCUCUGGAGUCUAAAGAUCCCAGCUUCCACUCCCAGUGAUUUAUUUUGUUUUCUACUAAAUUAUGUGUGGCCUAAUUGUUUUUCCAGACACUGUGUCCAGUUAAAGACAACAGACUGUCAAUGUGUCUUUUUCCACUUGGAAAACACUGUGCAUACCCCACCUCUGUCAAUGAAUGAGAUGAAUAAACGUGUGGAAACACA